AUGGCAAGCAACAAUGACCCUCCCGCUGGCAGCAAUCCCAACAAUUCGUUGCUACUCAGCGACGGUGAAGCCAUUUUGAAGAACUUGAGAACUCGGCGAUUGCUGCACGUGUUGGACAUUAUGGACGAAGAAUCCAGCAGAUCGUUGUCGGCAAGAUCCUCGUUUCUUGUCAAGGAAGACGCUGCCACAAUCGACUCUGAUUUAUCAGAUGACGAUGUGGCUGGAGCAGUCAGCGCCCCAACGGGCAGCACGAGAACCACAAUUGCUUUUGGGGGAGCUCAGGACGACGACGUCGAACGCACAUCACCCAAGGACGUCAGCCCUUCUCCACCACCUCCAAAAAAGAACUCUGCCUCACAAAGUUGCCUCCAACGUGCUGUGGCACAACUGGCCGAGGAAAACCUGCAGCAAAAGAGAAAGACUACUUUUGCCAGAUCCAUGGCUGUCUUUGGAGUCGGGGCAGGAGUGGUUGGUUUUAGCUUGGCUUUGAUGUUUUACUUGCAUAAGGAUUGCUGA